AUGGACGCCGCCACCCCAUCCAAGCGGGCCAGGACCACCGCGGCGUCGGCUUCCAUCGUCAGCACGCCGCAGAAGCCCAAGAUCGGGGCGGCCGCCUUGUUCGCCGACCAGGUCGCGACGCCGGAGAAGCCGGCCAAGAAGGCCCCGGCGGCGGCGGAGGAGGAUGAGGAUGAUGAUGAUGAGCUCAGCAUCGGCGCCAGCGCCAGACGCAGUCCCGUCAAGCGCAGACCCGAGGUCAAGCUGCCCGAAAGCUACGAGAUGCUCUGCGAGUUCUUCAACUGCUUCGAGAGCUCCACACGGCUCCUCCGCAUGAAGGGAUCCAAGGCGACGUUCCCCAACAUCUGUGCUAUCAUUCAGAAAUUGACUGACCGGAGGUUUACCUACGGAAAUUUGGCACAGCUCAAGUACAUAAUGCCCGAGGCGUUUGCGAUCAACAAGGUCCUUUUGCGUGACGAGAGUACCUGUUGUAUGAAGCCUGAUCUUCAGGUCAACCUGUUGGUUAGUGCGGCUAAGGGCAGUGUGAUGCAGAAGGGGGAAACCCGCUACUCGGCCUUGAGAAGGAUCUUCAGGCAGAGGGUUUUGGAUUUCUUCAAGAACCAUCCUCAGGGAGAUGACAUUCCGGAGCAUGAGCUGCCGCAUCCCUUUACUGAAACAAAACCAAGCGUGGCUCAGAUCUCUCCGAGAGCUGUUCCUAUAGCUUUAUCUACAGGGCCAUCUCCAUCUAUGGCUGAACAGCAGCCUGUUGGGAUGUCGCACAUGCCGCAUUCCUUCAAGAGAAUUUUCUCGCAGAGAUCUUCAACCUGCCCUGCAACUGCCAGCGCAACCAGUUCACUGGCAAAUGUUGAGUCUACCGCUUCAUCUCUAUUGAGUAGGAAGUCGGUGCCAGGUUCUGUCUCUGGUGGCAUAGAUCUCGAGUCCCAUGUUGCACUCAGGUUUGGUGCUUCAGAAGGAACUCCUGCCAAGUUCGCCUCUACUCCAGUGAGAUUGCUGGCAGAUACACCAGGCCUUCACACCCCAAAAAUGCGAACCUCUGCUACAAUGUGCGACAGUCCACCUCUGACAGUGGCCAAGCGAUCAGCCAGGGCCAAAUUGUUCAUGACACCUACAAAGGAUGCAAGCAGUAUGCAAGAAGAGAACCAAAGCACUAGCACGUCUGUUGUUGAUGGCGAUGAUGAGUUGCUCAGUUUUCUUCCUAAGUCCCUCUUGCAAUCGGUAAAGCAGAAGGAAAAGAGGGUUUUAGAGGACAAGGUAACAGGCUUCGCCGAUCAAGUUCAAAGGCAGAAGCUUAUAUCAUCCCUGCCAAGUACCUUUGACACUAUCUUCCUGAUUUAUCAGUCGAGGCAGCAGUCUGUAUUGACAAAGCAGGAACUUCUUGACAAGAUAAUUGAAAGUAACCCAAAGAUUUUGGACAAGGGUGAGAUUGAGGAGCAACUGAGAUUACUGCAAGAGUUUAUUCCAGAGUGGAUCUCUGAGAAGACUGCGCUAAGUGGAGGUAUCCUCUGCUGCGUCGAUACAUCACUAAGCCAGUCAGAGAUUCGACAAAGGUUGAACAGCGUCGAGUAG